GUGAAAGAGCUUGUGCUUGACAACUGUCGGUCAAAUGAGGGUAAAAUUGAGGGCCUCACUGAUGAGUUUGAGGAACUGGAAUUUUUAAGCACGAUCAACGUCGGCUUGACAUCAGUUGCCAAUUUGCCUAAGCUUAACAAACUCAAAAAGCUCGAGCUUAGUGAUAACAGAAUCUCCGGUGGUCUGGAGGUACUGGCAGAGAAGUGUCCCAACCUCACCCAUCUCAACCUCAGUGGCAACAAAAUUAAAGACCUCAGCACCAUCGAACCCCUGAAAAAAUUGGAAAGCCUCAAAAGUUUAGACUUGUUCAACUGUGAGGUGACAAACCUGAACGACUACAGAGAAAAUGUUUUCAAGCUGCUCCCUCAGCUGACAUAUCUCGACGGCUAUGACAAAGAGGAUAAAGAAGCACCAGACUCUGAUGCUGAAGCUUACGUUGAAGGCCUAGAUGAUGAUGAGGAUGAUGAAGAUGAGGGAGAAGAGGAGGAGUAUGAUGAAGAUGCAGCUCCAGGGGAUGAAGAUGAAGAAGAGGGGGAGGAGGAUGAUGAGGAAGAGGGAGAAGAGGAGGAAGAAGAGGACAUCAGUGGAGAGGAAGAGGAGGAAGAGGAGUUAAAUGACGGCGAGGUAGAUGAUGAGGAAGACUUUGAGGAGGAACGGGGUCAGAAGAGGAAAAGAGAACUGGAUGAGGAAGGGGAGGAAGAUGAGGACUGAACAUGGACUCCUCCCCCAUUGUGAUCUGACUGUUUAACCCCUGUAUAUCUGUCCUAUUGUCACUCUUCGAUGGUUUGGGGAGGUAUUCAAAUGGUAGGGGGUGGGGCUAGUAUAAACAAGGACACAGAUUAAAUAUUUGUUUUUAGCUUUUUUUUGUUGUUGAUGUUGUUGUUUUCUUUUGGUUUGGUUUGUACUUUCAGUUUGAUUCCCUUCAUUUUCUCCAAAAGCUCUUCAAAUGGCUGACAACACAGUGUGGAAAUUUAUUAUUGUUGGAAAACAGACCAGUAUACUCUUGUAAUUUUUUCCCUGUCUUUACUGUUGAUGCCUAAAUGCUGGUGAUGACUUAUGUAUUAAAAAAAAAAAAAACAACCAAAAACCUUUUAGAAGUGCAU